GAAAGUCAACUGCACCACCCUACUCCCUAUAUAAAAGGCAGCCCGGCAUAACCUCCUCCAGCCCUUGCCCGGAGGAGGGUUAAUUAGCAGCUACUUCAUUAAAUUAUCUACUAAUUAAUUUCCCUCUCUGCCUUCUCAUCAAACUACGAAAUCUUCCCAAUCUUUAGACCUUGAUUUCCAUCAAAAGAACAAACUUUCUUCUCUCCUUAAUUUGAUCUUCCUCUACCCUCUUGCAAAAUUUUAUGCAAGUGUUCUUGCUCUGCUAUUAGAUGAUCAUGUCAACUCAUCCUUGAUGCAGAAUUGCAGAGUUAUUAAUAGAUCGAUCGAUGGAGCACGUCCUCGUCGACCAAUUCACCGGCGGCAUCGACGACGGCCGGCGGCUCACCGUGGUGCCGCCUCGCAGAAGCAUCUACGGCAGCUGCUUCACGUAUGCGCCGGCGCGGACUCCAUUUCAGUACACGCCUUACGAGGCGGCGUUGUACUCCUCGCUCUCUCUCCCACACAUGCCUUACACUUACCACGCGGCGGCGGCGGCGCCAUGUCCGGCGCCGGGGGCUCUCUUCCCGCACCUGCCGAUCCCGGCGGCCUUGACCAAAUACUCCACGCUCCCUUACGGGCCAUGGCCGCGGGCGCCGCCGGCCGCCACUGCCGUCACCAAGGGAAGAGCGGUGGCGAUGAUGCGGAGCAAGCAGGUGGCGGGAGAGUGCAAGAGGAAGAAACCGAGGACGCCGAGGUCGGCGGAGGAGCCGGUGAGGGCGCAGCGGAGGCGGCCGCUCGAAAGGGCGGCGCCGCUGCCCCCGGCGCCGGCGGUCGCCGCGGCGCUGGACGACCUGGAGCGGGAGGUAGCGCGCGGGUUCGUGGAGGACCUGCUGCACGCGCUGGCGCCGCCGCCCAGCAGCCUGCCGCUGCCCACCUUCUCCCUCGUCAGAGCGGCCGCCGCAAAGGCCCCGCCGUCCUGCGCCGUGUAGGCCGCCGGCCGGAGAUCCACGGCCGCCGCCGCCGCCGUCUUCGCAUCGAUAUUUAUGCAUGCGAGGUUGCGAGCGGCGGCGGUUUUAUUAUUAUUAUUAUUAUUAUUAUUAUUAUUAUUAUUAUUAUUCGUCUUUAAAUCUGUAUGUGUGUCUAUUAUUUUUUUUCCAUUUCUUUCACCGAGACAUUUUUUUUUCUUUGGAUGGAAGAAAUGGUGAGAAAAAAAAGUGUGUUUUGUUUCAAUUUAUUUCUAUAAUUUUGAGGGCUGUGUGAGAUAAGUAAACCCAGGUAGGGAUUGGCUAAAGCCUAAGGCUAAUCAAGGGUUUACAUAGAAUUAUUCACAGCGAUUAUGUAUGUUCUUGAUGGGGUCUGUUUUUUGUUGCCUUGUAUCAAGAUAUAUCUAUCGAUCAAUUGGGGUGUUCUGUAUGAUGUCAUCAUCCCUCUUGUGUCAUAGUUUAGCAAAAUCUUGCCUAUUUUGAAUUUGGGGACUAUGUAUCUCAUGCAUGAUGAUCCAUUUA